AUGGCCGGCCUGUUUUUCACACCAUCCCUCCUUGCAAAGGGUACUGCUACCUUCUUCGGCGUCGUCGAGAUCAUUUUUGGCGUAAGGGCAAUCAUAUGGCCAUCAAGUUUUGCAACAGCCCAUGGCUUUAUUCAUCUGAACACCCAAUUCAAACGUGGGAGCACUGAGGAUUUCAGUCCGCUGGUCAAAAGCUCCGGUGCACAACAUAUUGCGUCUGGUCUCGGCUUUGUAGCACUGUGCUACCUCAAUGACAUGAAAGCUUUGGGGAUGUGCAUGUGUGCCAGCUCGAUCGCUGGGUUUUUGGACGGAGUUGUGGUUCUGAAUAGCUUGCCAGCGAAUGGAGAAUCCCAGAAGAGCAAAGGAAGUUCUGCAGACUCGGAAGAUGAGGCAAGGAAGUCUGGUUGGGCUCAUUGCAUUGCCGCGGCUCUAUGUGGUGCGACAGGCGCAUAUCUCCUGACUUCCAUCUGA